GGAAUACGCCGUGUAGUCAGGGUCAGGACUACUGAUAUCCGUGCUUCUUUUGACUCUCUUUGCUUGCUUUGUUCUUUCUUUAGUUCUUUUUUUUCUUUUGAUCGUCAAGUUGUUAAGAGCAAGCAACUGUCAUGACGCUGUUACCACCUUUAGCUCCACUGCCACCCCGCGAGCUGCAGAGGACCAUACCACCGCAGGAAUGGGAGCUCUAUACAGAUGCAUGGAUCUUGCUUCUGAGUGUUCGAUUACAGUCUUCGCAGGCGGACUUUAAGGAGUUUGCUCCCACCGAUGAGUCUGCCGUGCUAUUCUUGGCUUCGUUCUACCGGCAACUGGCCAGAUCCGGGACAUCUAGUUUCCAUAAUGAAGCAAAGGCCAAAACACUGAGGAAGCUUUGCUUUCUGCUAACACGGAGAUUCCUGGUAGAGAGUUCUGGGCCGCCUCCUGGACUUUUGGAAUGGACGUAUCUUUGCGACAUGAGCUGUUGUUACCCUUCCAGUUCGGCCCUGAAGAAGCUCCUGGCCGAUGUAUGGGACAAGCACCAGACUGUAGUCACAUCUAGUCUUGAGAAGGCUAAAGCUGCGGUCAUUAAACAUCUGUCCGCGCCUGAUUCUACGAGAAUAUCCACAGCCGUUUCUGACAUCCGGCUGCUGACCAUCCUGGCGUCCUUACUUCCCGCCGCGGGACAUGUGCUUAUGGCGGGAUCCGAUUUUCUAGACACUCUUGCAGAUGCGUACCAAACACAUAAGAGAGAGGAUAUCCGAAAGUCUCUCGUUGCUAAUGUCUAUGUUGGCCUGACCUCGCUGUUGAAGGGCUCAAAGCCCAAUCUUUCCCUACUCCUAGAUCAAUUAUUCGCGUUGAAGGCCGGCGCAGCCGUUGGGAUAUCAAAAAUGAAGGAGGAUCCUACUCUCCUUUCCGAUGUAAUCUGCAGCUCCGAUCUUCUAUCUCGUUUAGAAAGGUAUCUGGCCGCCCAGCCUCAGACACGAGGCCAAGAUCUCGUCUCUAGUCUCCGGUCCUAUCAGACCGAGUCAAAGCCAUUGCACCACCGAUAUCAAAGGCCCAAGAAGCGUACAGAUAAGGGCAAAGGUCGCGCAUCAGAUCUACCCUCAACCGAAGACGUACACAUCCACAAGAUAGCAACUCCCUACCACCCAAAUAUCAACUGCUGCCCCCAUCACGAUCCCUUGCCCCCACACCCAACCCCCCCUCCCCCAACAGACCUACUCCCCACACCCCACAAAAACAUCUUUGACAACGACCUCGACCUCGCUGAACUAGCCCGCUCCGCCCACACUAACAACACCACCCUGCACUUCGGCCGCGCAAACCCCUCCAUCACCGCAGAUGACAUCCUCAACGACCGCCGCAACCACACCGCCAAAAAGGCCGCGAUCAUCUCUGCCCUAGCGGCCUUCGACUCCGACGACGACGAGCGCGACGACACCUACGAUGUAGCCGACGUCGGAGGCACAGUCGACGGCGCCAUCCCAACAAGCACAGACUCCGACGUGGAAACCACGCACCAGCGAACCCCCCCCGCCACAGACACAACUGGAAUCGACAUGGCGCUUCUCAGCGCAUACAAGUCCAACCCUGCCCUGUUUGCCCGCGACUCAGCAACCCGACGCUCGCAACCGCGUGCCUCCCUCAAGCGCGAGACCGGAAUGACCGACGAAGCCAUCGAGGGCUGGGCUGUCAUGCUCGCGCGGGACCCGAAGCGUCAGGCGAAACUCGAAGAGAAGAUAGCGCUCUCUGCUGCGCCUGGCGCGGGCGGUGUUUCGCAGCCGGAUCUUCCUUCUACGUCUUAUCGGAAGCCGAGGAGGGCCACUGGGGACGAGGAGUCCGGUAGUGAUAUGGAUAUGGACGAGCAGCGAUCUGGCUCUGGCUCUGGCUCUGGCUCUGCGUCUCAUCGGAGAGGUGGUUCUGGUAGGGGACGUGGCGGUCGUGGAGGUGGUGGAGGAAGGGGAAGAGGAGGAGGAGGAGGAGGAGGAGGGAAUGCUGGGGAUCAAAAUCCAGCGGUGUCAAGACAGAGAAAGGAAGAGAACAAAGCAAGUCGAGCGAAUCAUAAUCGAAGACAGCAGCGUGCGAAGAAGGUAGCGAGGGCUGGGGGGAUGGUGGGAUAGGUGCUUAAUAGCACUCCGUUACUAGGUAAUUUAUGAUGAUGCCGUCACGAAUUCGCUAAGCGUCGCGUUGCUUUUUGCUUCAAUUCAACCAUGAGUUCAACUCGGGAUGUGAACAUUAGAUUGCUACUGAAGAGCUUGUCUGUAGAAAAAAAAAAAAAAAAAAAACAAGAGGGGGG